AUGGAUCAUAAACAUCAAAGUAAACAUAUUAGGGCUAAUGUUUGCUUUUAUGAAGAUUCACUUCAGUGGAAUGGGACCACUUACGAGCCCACCUACACGUGUUUUAUUUCUACAACUUCUAUAAUUGAUCCAAAUACAAGAAUAAUGUCAUGGCUUGAAGGAAAACAUCGUGAUGGAAAAAGUUUUGACGAUGUUGAAGCGAUAAGUUUUAAGAAUACAUCCGUUCAUUACUUCCCUUUGGACUUGGAUAAAUUUUUUCCUAAUUUGAGAAUAGUUAAGAUUGAAAAUUGCGGACUCAAAUCUAUUACGCGAAGUGAUUUAAAUGGACUUGAGAAUAUUGACACCCUCUUUUGUCCUGGCAAUCGAAUCACUUCGCUUCCUAACAAUUUAUUUACGGGAAUGUACAAACUUCGAAGCGUUGUUUUCCGACGAAAUCGCAUAAAAAUAAUGUCGUCAAAGGUUUUUACUCCAAUUAUCAAAAAUCUAAUACGUCUAGAUUUGACUGAAAAUGUUAGUAUUGAUGCCGGUUCUACAUAG